UCCAGCCGGCUUCUCUUUCUCUAGAAAUUCAAAGAGGUGGGGCGGUAAGAAGAACUACCAUUCCCGUCUGCCAAUGCGGUUCCCCUUGAUUCUGUAGCUAAGCGGAGGUGGACUGCGAGUUGUUGUUCUGUUUUCAGGGGCAUUUCGCGACCAGCCUUACUGACCCUCUUCGGUCUCUGUAGAAGAGGCCGUGGGGAACCACCUCGGUGCCCAAUGGUGUUCUUCACAGUGUAAUGCUAAUAGACUGAGGUACAGAGAACGAAGGCGACCCGCUUCGCUUCACACCUUCCUGACUCUCUUCGGCCGCCGUAGAGCGAAAGCCACUGAGGUUUUUUAACAGGAAUUUGGCCCCUGGUUGGAGUGAAGCCUGCUGGGAGGUGUAGUUCAGCGGGCUCCUUUUCCUUUAGGAACUUAAUGACUGAGCGGGUACGUCGAACUACAGUUCCCGUCGGUUAACUCGCGCCUCCAUUGAUUCUGCAGCUGCGCAGAGUAGAAGCGCGUGUGGACGGUCUUUCUUCUCUUCCGUUCUUCUUAGAGGCAUUUCGCCACGAUGCCGAAAGCCAAGCAGAAGCAGCGGCGGCGCAAGUAUAACUACAACAUCAACCGCAAGAAGCUGAACAAAGCUGCUCGCAAGAAGGCGGCGCCCCGGAUAAAAUGUCCCCAAAUCCGACAUGCCUGGGACAGGUCCAAAACGGUAGCACAGAACUUGGCUGAGAUGGGUCUGGCUGUCGACCCAAACAAGGCUGUUCCCAUUCCAAAGGUGAUGAGAAUGGAAGUGGAUGGACAAGAGACAAAGACAAAAAUAGUACGGAAGCCAUAUGUAAUAAACGAAUUGGAAUAUGAGGCCAGUCUUCCAGAAAAGAAGUCAGAGACCCUCUCCAGAGAUCUUAUUGACUAUAUCCAACACAUGAUCCGUAGUCAUGGUGAAAACUACAAGGCAAUGGCUCGUGAUGAGAAAAACUAUUACCAGGACACACCAAAACAAAUAAAGAGGAAGAUCAAUGUGUACAAACGCUUCUAUCCUGAGGAGUACAAGACGUUUGUUGAUUCUCUACAGCAGGAAAAGAUGGAUCAACUAUAAUUUCAUUUGCCUCAGUUAUGAGUAGAGGAACCUUUGCUGCCUACAACUUUCUUCAGAUGCCAUCUUUUCUUCUAGUGACUGGUGCCCAAGAACUGAAAUUAAGAUUACCUACCAUUCUACCCUUUCAAGAGAGGGGAUAGGAAGAGCCUGUACGGAUGAGACUUCUGUUUAAAACUUGAGAUUGUUGGGAAAUCCUUGCUGCCUUCAAUUUACAGUUUUCACAGUCUUGCAGUGUAAUUUCCUUUGGCAUGAACCUGCUUGAAAUAAACUGCUAGCCCAGGCCUUGUGUCAAUAACAAA